CCAGGCUGCUCUGUCGCGGUGGGAGGAAGUUGGGCUUUCACGUCAAGCCAACUUGUUUCUGAGAAUACAAAGCAUUGCACACAGGACACACAGCCAACGAAAUUGAGUAACGAUUGUCCUUACUCGGACUCAAAUGGGAUAACAAGAAGAAACCUGUGCCUCUUUGAGGAACGUAAACAAUUCGGAUAUUAAACAUUCUCCCGCGUCCUCAGGUUGUGUCCAAUCCACACACCGCGGCGCGUGUGGAUUCCUACGGGCUAGCUAGAGGAAAGCGUCUGGAGGAGCGUGUACAAGGACUGUAGGAGGAAAAGAAACGUUGGAUGGUCACUAUUUACCAAGAAAGAACAAGUAGCUGAUUUUUUUUACAAGAAGUCCACGUUAUAUGUACUUAUGCUGUUCGUUCAGUUGUCUGUAGAACUGCUAUCUAGGUAGCUGUUAGUCGCCAAAAACAGUCAACGUUCAGUUAGAGCCAUAGUCGCGAGGAACCGUGCAAGGUUAACAAGCUAACGCUAGCUAGCCAAUUUCCUCCUUCCAACGCCCCCUCCCCCUUCCACCAUCACAUCUAGCUAGACACACAAGUGACUACCGGAGAACCCAUAACACUGGGGUGAAAAUGAAUGGUUAAAGUAAAUUCUGUGCGGUUUCGUCGGUCGCUUGGAAUGACGUGGAUUGGGUGGAAGAUAAUGAUUUGUUAGUUAACUGAUGUAUUUAACGUUGGUUAACUGGAUGAGUGCGAUAUAGUUUCGUAUUAAUGCGAUAUAGUGGUCGUUAGCUAGUACUCGCAAGCUACCUAUACAAGCUAAGUAAAUUAUCGAGCUAGCUUAAAUUUAGCUAGCUACUGGUUAGCUUCUUGCUAACUUACCUCCAAGUUACUAACAACGUUUUGCACAGCGGCUACAGUAGUAACAAAUCCUCUCACUUGUCUAACACAGACAUUGAUAAUCAAGUUGCCUGAUUUUUGUGGCUGUUUUACUGAAUUAUAUAUUUAAAGUAACUAGUUAAUGUUACUGCCAACAAUUAUCUGAUUGUUUCUAGCUAGAUACUGUAGUUGUCGCCCACGUUAGCUUGCUAGAAUGUUGCUGGGUAGCUAGCUAGCAAAUUGUUUCUGCAUAUUUGCGUGCUCGAUAUUCAACUAGCAACCUGCAUCUAUGUGGCGUUCGACGAUUGAUGUUUUCUCUCUGAUGAAGAACAUUGUAGCCAGACAGGAAGCCAACGUCGGACGGUAUGAAAACAACGCUGUGUGUGUCCCAAUCUGAAUGGAAGACAAUUGUUUAGAGUUUUGGUGAAAACGUUUGAGCCUAUCGUAUUUACUAGUACAUGGACUGUUCAUUCGUCGUCAGCUUUUACAUGAUACGGGCGAGCUGGCUUGCUCUUAUUUUAUCUCUCUACCCGUCUCAUUUUACGGGUUGUAUUUAUCGGAUGACAAUUUGAUAGAAUUGAUGCAACCAAUAUUUGUCCACGCUUAGUCCUAUUUAAAAAAAAAAAAAUUGUAGAGGCGACAAGGUUCUGUUAAGGAAGGUUGAUGCAUACGUCUUGCAGGAGUCACAUGUAACGUAGUAUUAAACAUUUAACUUGCCAAACAUAUCUAUCUUGGAGCAGUGGGGCUUGAUCGUUAUUAACAAUCGGGCUUGUUAAAACCACUUCUAGCAGGUGGGUCAUCUAAAUAAGUAGCUCCCUUGAAGGGGGUGGGGGGCAGAAACGAAAUCUGUAAUCAAUCGUGUCUGGCCAUAUCUGCAGUUAUUUUUAACUGCUUUCAUUCGUAAUCCAUGAAACCACCACCGUUUUUUGCACCAAACGGAACCCUCUUGACGGACACAGAAAUCUGAUAUCCAUUUAGUGAGCUAUCUCCACCGAGUUAUUUUUUUCUGUCACAAUGGUUGUGUUUUGAGGGACGGUGUGCCGAACCUACAGAGGAAGAAAACGACACACUUCAUUCGAUGGUCACCCAUGUCAUCCGCAUAGUUGCCUCGGUCGCAUUGGCUGGAUCUACGUUCUGACCAUUUUCGGUGGGCAUUAUUUCUUUUUGUUUUUCAACAACAACAACAAAAAACAUUCCCACGGCUGGUUUUGUAUAGACGCGGUCGACCCAGGGUUGAAGAUGGCGGACCUCGAAGCAGUUCUCGCCGAUGUCAGCUAUUUGAUGGCGAUGGAGAAGAGCAAAUCUACUCCAGCGGCCCGUGCAAGCAAGAAAAUCAUACUGCCUGAACCCAGUAUUCGCAGUGUAAUGCAGAAGUACCUUGACGAGCGAGAUGAGCUGACGUUUGACAAAAUCUUCAACCAGAAGAUCGGUUUUCUGCUCUUCAAGGAUUUCUGUUUGAAUGAGAUAGACGAGGCCGUACCUCAGCUCUAUUUCUAUGAAGAGAUCAAGGAUUAUGAAAAAUUGGACUCUGAAGAGGAGAGGUUGUGUCGUAGCAGACUGAUCUACGACCGAUACAUCAUGAAGGAACUCCUCUCCUGCUCACAUCCCUUUUCUAAGAAGGCGGUAGACCACGUUCAGACGCACCUGGCCAAGAAACAAGUUCCUCCCUCUUUAUUUCAGCCAUACAUAGUCGAGAUCUGUGACAGCCUGCGAGGGGUGAUCUUCCGCAAGUUCAUAGAGAGUGACAAGUUUACUCGUUUCUGCCAAUGGAAGAAUGUGGAGCUGAACAUCCAUUUGACGAUGAAUGACUUCAGUGUCCACCGUAUCAUUGGUCGGGGGGGUUUCGGUGAGGUGUACGGCUGCAGGAAGGCUGACACCGGCAAGAUGUAUGCCAUGAAGUGUUUGGAUAAGAAGAGGAUCAAGAUGAAACAGGGAGAGACUCUGGCUCUGAAUGAGAGAAUCAUGCUGUCACUUGUCAGCACAGGGGACUGUCCGUUUAUUGUGUGUAUGACGUACGCCUUCCAUACACCAGACAAACUGUGCUUCAUUCUGGACCUGAUGAACGGAGGGGACCUACACUACCACUUGUCUCAACAUGGUGUGUUCAGUGAAAAGGAGAUGCGUUUCUAUGCAGCGGAGAUCAUCCUGGGACUAGAACACAUGCACAACCGCUUCGUAGUGUACAGAGACCUGAAGCCUGCCAACAUCCUGCUGGAUGAACAUGGUCAUGUACGUAUUUCAGACCUGGGUCUGGCCUGCGACUUCUCCAAGAAGAAACCCCAUGCCAGCGUUGGUACCCAUGGAUAUAUGGCUCCAGAGGUUCUCCAGAAGGGGACGGCGUAUGACAGCAGCGCCGACUGGUUCUCCCUGGGCUGCAUGCUGUUCAAACUGCUUCGGGGGCACAGUCCCUUCAGACAACACAAGACCAAAGACAAACAUGAGAUUGACCGUAUGACACUCACCAUGAAUGUCGAGUUGCCGGACUCGUUCUCUGUGGAGCUGAAGGGUCUGUUGGAGGGUCUGCUGCAGAGAGAUGUUGUCAAGAGACUGGGCUGCCUGGGACGAGGGGCCCCAGAGGUAAAGGAGCAUCUGUUCUUCAAAGGCAUCGACUGGCAGCAAGUGUAUCUCCAGAAGUAUUCUCCCCCACUCAUCCCCCCCAGGGGAGAGGUCAAUGCCGCAGAUGCUUUUGACAUUGGCUCCUUUGACGAGGAGGACACCAAGGGUAUCAAGUUGUUGGACAGUGACCAGGAGUUGUAUAAGAACUUUCCCCUGGUCAUCUCAGAACGCUGGCAACAGGAGGUGGCUGAGACUGUGUAUGAGGCGGUCAACUCUGACACGGAUAAGAACGAGGCCCGCAAGAGGGCCAAGAACAAACAGCUGGGCCACGAGGAAGACUAUGCCCUUGGGAAGGACUGCAUAAUGCAUGGAUACAUGUUGAAGCUGGGGAACCCCUUCCUGACCCAGUGGCAGCGGAGAUACUUCUACCUGUUCCCCAACCGAGUGGAGUGGAGGGGGGAGGGAGAGUCACGGCAAAACCUGCUGACAAUGGAGCAGAUUGUGACUGUGGAGGAGACUCAGAUAAAAGAUAAGAAGUGCAUCUUGCUGCGCAUUAAAGGAGGGAAGCAGUUUGUCCUGCAGUGUGAGAGUGACCCAGAGUUUGUCCAGUGGAAGAAGGAGUUGACCGAGGCAUUUACGGAGGCCCAGAAGCUCCUGCGCCGUGCGCCCAAGGUCAUCGGGAAGGGGCGGGCUGGCGUGGUGGAGCUCUCCAAACCUCCUCUCACACACCGCAACAGCAAUGGCCUGUAGGCCACAGACACACAAUACACACCUGCACACACACCUACACACACCUGCACGCGCACACCGCAUCCUAUAACCUCGUCCUGUACAACCCUGCCUGCCACCGCCCAACACACACACAGAAUAAAGCCCCACACUCACCAUGGAGUCUGUGUACGGACCAAGCCUGACAGCCUCUUUCUGUUGUUACGGACACACACACACACGCACACCAACAGCCAAACCGUAGCAUGGGCGCAUAUUUUGGAAGGAAUGAGGAAGUGAGGAGGGCAUGGAUGUAUCUAUUGAGGACAGUGUUUUCUCCCGUCCCUGUCCGACUGUACUGUGGGGAAACAGCCUUCAGAAUCAUACCACACACUCCUCUGCCUCUCACCACAAUGGACUAGCGUCACACACACACACACACACACACACACAAAC